AGGAGUGCGCGACUGCGCUUGCGCAGAUCCGUUCGACAGUCACGAACAUAUGAGCACAAUGUCUGCCGGUCGAAACGGAUCCAUUAAUAGAUGACUGGAAUCAAGAACGUGAUACAUAAUGGCUGACCUGCAACCCCAGUUGUUUCUUAAAAGGGGGAUCUACUGAAAAUGACCCACAGAGAAUCCUGGAAGAUGCAGCACGAGAGGUUGCAUGUGAAGCACAGAGGCCACGAGGCCAUGCAUGCUGAAAUGGUUCUGAUUCUCAUCGCAACACUAGUGGUUGCACAGAUUGUGCUGGUUCAGUGGAAGCAAAGACACUGCAGAUCAUACAAUCUGGUGACAUUGUUGCAGAUGUGGGUGGUUCCGUUGUACUUCACCAUUAAGCUUUAUUGGUGGCGUUUCCUGUCCACAUGGGGCAUGUUCUCAGUCAUCACUAGCUAUGUCAUAUUCAGAGCCACACGCAAGCCUCUUUACUGCAGAACACCACGGUUGGUGUAUAAGUGGUUCCUUCUCAUUUACAAGCUCAGCUACGCCGUAGGUGUGCUCGGAUACCUCGCUAUCAUGUUUACCAUGUUUGGAUUCAAUGUCUUCUUCAGGAUAAAAGCAGAGGACUCUAUGGAUGUGGGUGUGAUCAUGCUUUUCUAUGGUUUGUAUUAUGGGGUAAUGGGUCGUGACUUUGCAGAAAUUUGCUCAGACUACAUGGCAUCUACUAUAGGGUACUAUAACAUGGGCGGCAUACCGUCCCGAACCCUUAGUGAUGACAUAUGUGCCGUGUGCGGUCAGAAGAUUCUUGUGGACCUAGAUGAGGAAGGAAUUAUUGAGGACACCUACCAGCUCUCCUGCAACCACAUAUUUCAUGAAUUCUGUAUCCGUGGUUGGUGCAUCGUGGGAAAAAAACAGACAUGCCCAUAUUGUAAUGAAAAGGUGGACCUCAAAAGAAUGAUGAACAACCCCUGGGAGAGAACACAUGUUUUAUACGGCCAGCUUUUGGAUUGGUUAAGGUACCUGGUCGCCUGGCAACCCAUCAUUAUUGGAAUCGUGCACGGAAUAAAUUUUUCACUUGGACUUGAAUAGAUUUUCACAGUAUUUGGUUACAUUUUAGACCAUGCAUGUGUUCCCCUUUUUGAAAAUCUAUUUGUAAAUUGUUUAGUUUAUAAUAUCAAUCGGACAGCUGCUUUUGUUUUUGUAAUUUAUUUGAUAUAAACUUUCAGAAGUGUCCAACGCUGAUGCAUCAAAGACAUAUCUCUCUUUUUCCAAAGCUGCUCAACUGUAUGUCUUUUUUUGUUAAAUUUGUGCCUCUUUUUUGUAUGAAUAGUGAAAGGCUUUUAAAGGGGCAGUUCAUCCAAAAAUGAAAAUUCUGUCAUCAUUUACUCACCCUCAGGUUGUUCCAAACUGUAUACAUUUCUUUGUUCUGCUAAACACAAAGGAAGGUAUUUGGAAGAAUGUCAUUAACCAAGAGUAAAUGAUGAUAUAAUUUUUAUUUUGGUGUGAACUAUUCUUUACUUUGGAAACAAAUGGUUGCAAUUAUUGAAAAAUGGCAGGCACUUUGCGAGUUUAGACUGUAAUUGUUUGAUCAUUCUUUUCAGUGCAAUAAGUUAUAGUUUGCAAACAGAUAUAAAACAGGAUUUGGACCUUGUUGACAAGUUAACAUUUUUGAUUCAUGUGCCGUUGCAGAAAUACACAGUGAUAGUCUCAGUUUCCGAUGAAUGAAGCAAGAUCACCUCCUCCCUAUCACUCAUGAUAUGACGUUAUAUUUAAUAUUUUAUUGCUGCUGGGCAAUUUUGCGAAAAUGUCAAACUUACCACAAAAAAUAAUGUUUUCACCAGCGGUUUUUAUUAUGGUAGCAGCACAGAUUUUAACAUUUGGUGGUUCAAAUACCCAUGUGAGAUCUCUCUUCUAAUUUGAAAAGCAUUAGUUUUAUUUCGAGUGCAUGGUUUUUCAUAGUCAGGUAAGUGCCAUUUUCAGGAUUGUCACAUCCAUAACCCUACAUUUUCUUCAUAAAUGGGCACAUUAAAAUGAAUAUAAAGUAACUAUUUUAUGUUCUAUAAAGGGACAUCCCUUUUCCAUUCAUUGGGUAUUAUUGCUUCAGGAUUGUGCAUUUUACUUUACAGAAAUCCUACAAAGUUUAUCGUAUCCCGAAAACCACAUCCUUUUUUUGUCACUUUUUUUAAAUAUAAUUUUUUCAUAGAAUGAAAUUUUUUUAUGUCUAGACUCUAUCAACAAAGGUUCAGUAAAAUGGAUGGUUCAAUAUAAUCGUAACAAAUUUAUUCUCUGAGCAUUUUUAUGUCACGUCCAUAACGCAAAAUCUCACGUCAAUAACGCUGGAAUUGCCCUGCUGUCUUUCUGAAACUUCUUAUCUACAUAUUUUGUGAUUUUUCUUUUUAUAACAGUGAACGUUUAUGUUUGUCACUUGGUUUUGCAAAUAUCUAACCACUGAAAAAAGUAUUAAAAAGUGCUUGUCAACUUAGACAACGCGGUAUUCAAUCGUUGAAAAAGUUCAGUGUUUUUCUUUUUUUGGGGGGUUUCAGAAGGACAGCAACGAUAUUUAAAACACUGAUAUAAGAAAAACACUGUAGGCUCAAUUAUUUCUUUUUACAUGUUGUAAGAAUUUUAUUGAACUGUUUUCCAAUAGUUUCUUUUCAGGUUAUUCAAUGUUUUUUGUUCAUGGUUUAGUUAAAGUACCACAAUUUAAUUUGCAACCAAUAAACAAACAAAUAAUGUG